UAACAGACAAAUUAUAAAAAGCGGUUUAAAAGAAACUAGAAUGUUUAAUUUAUUUUGAAUUUUAAUAGAAAAUGUGCAGUUAAGUGCUUUAGAGUAGGCGCAUGCGCCUAACCCCCAAAAACACAGGUCUCGGCGACACAGCAGUCAACAUGUGCCAUAAAUAUCAACCGCUUUUCCCUGCUGGCCGUGCGUGUGGGUGCAGUGUGCUCUCCGCAGUACCGUUCUGGGUUCUCCCGCUUCCGUUCGGCACCUCCAACGCUCAGUACGGCACCAGACUUCGACGGAAGUGGAACAAUCGAAGCGGAAACAGAGUCACGCGACAACAAAACCGAACUCGAAUAUGGAAAAGUUUUCCCUUAACAAAUGUAGCACUGAUAAACGCAGUUCGGAGUGAACUUCAUGAAUGGCCAUGACUAAUUGCAGCCAUCCAACAGCACCAGCAACAUUCGUUGUGUGAACCCCAAUGGUGGAGGAGGUUACCUCUUUUUUUUCAAACGAAAGAUUUCACUACUUCGGUAUCUCUGUAUCUGUCGGUGUCUCAUUUGAGCGGCUCGAACGAUCCGCCUGUAAUUAUGACUGCGUGAAGAAAUCAAUACGAGGAGGAUGGCCAGCAAGCCCAUGAGCACCAGCUGCCAGAGCAUUGCGACGGCGGCCAGCAGUGCGGCUACCACGGCGGCGGCGGUGUCCAUCUCGGCCUCCAAUGCCACCUCCGUGGGCUCCCUCAUCGCCGCCGCCUGCCUCCAGCAGCAGCAGCAGCAGCAACAUCCCAACCAGCAGCAGCAGCAGCAAUAUCCCCAGUCCCAGCAGCAACACCUCUAUCAGACCCAUCAGCAAUCAUCGCACUAUGUCAACGGCACCGGCAGCCUGGGCAGGCUCAAGUUCCACAAGAGUCUCGACGCCAGCGACGAGGAAAUCGAGUAUGCGCAGCUAUCUCGUUCCACACAUAUCCUGGGACGCCAUAAAUCGGAGCGUUUUCUGGCUUCCAAUCCGGACGAGGAUCGCCGACGCCGCACCAUAAUCGUGGAGAAGAAGAACAACUCAUAUGGGUUUACCCUGCAGAGCUAUGGGAUCCACUACAAACGCGAUGAGGAGCUGGAGAUGAUCACUUAUGUGGACUACGUGGAGUACGGUGGUCCGGCCUAUCGUGCUGGAAUGCGUGAGGGCGACGUAAUACUAUCCAUCAACGGCAAGGAUAUGGAAAAGGCGGACCACAAGACCAUCGUCGAGUUCAUCAAGCAGUGUGACACCAGGAUGCGGAUGGUCGUUCUCUUCGAGGAUUGCGUGAGAAAGGUCGAUCUUCACAUGCGCUAUAUUCAACUGCAGAGCCUGUUGCAGCAAAAGAUGAACGAGCUGGAAAGGGUUCAUCUGAGGGAGCGGGAGCUACUAGAGGGCAAAUGGAAGACGCACAGCUUGCCAGCCCGGAAGAAGGCUAAUGCGAAUACGUCACCAAGCGACGGGGAGGGUGUUUCACCCACUGAAGUGGGUGGUGAAACGGGCUUCUAUCGACCCGCCCUUUCCACCGAGGAUGUGCCAAACAUGGCGGCCCGCCAGCAGGCUGUGGGUGGACCAGGAAUCAUACCACCUCCCGCUCAAUUUAUGCUCACCUACCACUACCUGGAUCCCACUUAUCGGUACGUGCUGCGACCCACACACGGCAGCUCAGAGGACUACAUAGAUGGCAUGGGUCUCCAGAGGAGCAGUAGUGAUCACCAACAAACCGCACAGCGUUAUAUCCUACAGCGAACCGAGUCCGUGGAUGCAAAUUCGAUGACUCAACCCACAACCUCGGCGCCUACUCAAUAUCACAGCACCACUGGCGGAUCGGUAAAGCCACCGGCACCACCUCCUCGCACUUGUGAGAAGCAUAAGCCACCAGCUAAGCCCCCAAAAACGGAGAAGGAGAAGACCCCCGGAAAGCAUAUUCAUGUGGGCCAUUCGUGCAACCCUUGCUUGGGUCACUUCCGAUGGAAGUCGGCCGAGAAGUCGUCGGUUCCAGCGCCAGAUAAUGUUAGCCUGGAUGCCUAUGAUCUGGCUAGUCCCUGCUGCGACACGCAUUGUGUGCCAUCAAGGAGACGCCACCGCCAGCACAAGGAGCACACGCAUAAGCACAAGCAUCGGGAGAGGGAACGGGUGGAGGGCAAGGAGCACAGGGUCAGACCCAAGUCUACAUCCCAUGCCUCUCCCAACGCCAAUGGAGGAGGAGGAGGAGGAAAUGCAGGAUCUGGCCAUCAUCACCACCAUCAUCAUCACCACCACAGCCACGAGCAACAGCAACAACAACAACAACAACAGCAGCAACAGCAACAACAACAACAGCAAUUGCAGACAGUUCCCCACCAUCAUCACUAUCCCCACCAGGUGCUAAAUCCCUGUCAGGUGCAAUCCCAAUCUGGUAGCACCCGAUCACGCUACUUCGACUUGGCCUCCGGAUUGGCCAGCCAUUGCAGCUUGCAUUCCUGCACCUCAAGUGAGUUUGCCCCAGGGGACACCGCUUCCUAUACCACUUCCAUCAGCACGGAUACUUUGUUUUGGGAUCCCAAAAGCGAGACGGGUCAAUCCCGACAGCACUCCACAAAAUCCAGGCAGUCCUACGAACAGCAACCACAGCAGCAGCAGCAGCAGCAGCAGCCACAACCACAACAUCAACAACCGCACCACCAUCAUCAUCAUCACCAGGGGGAGUACCACCAACGCUAUCAUGUGACCGCCAAUCAAAUGCAGCCCCCGCAGAUCUAUCCCAAUGCCAUAGCUUAUGUUCAGAAACCCAAAUCCUGGGACAAUCUCGCCAACAAGGCGGGCUAUAAUGUCGGUUACGGCUACCUUGACACGGUGGCCGUGAGGCCAGCCAUUAAAAUGCAGAUUGCCCAGCAGCGUCACUCGAUGCCGCGAAGGAACCCGUACGGCAGAUACUCCACCUACGGGGACGUGGAGAACUAUGCCCCACCGCCUACCGAGUUUGUGGGCGAGUUGACCACCACUACAACCACCACGAUUACGGCCAAGUCCACGGAGGAGCUGUUGGCCGCCUGCGAUUGCUUGACCCCCCAGCAGCAGGCUGCUAUUAAAGCUGCCCAGUACCAGCUCAGCCAAAACCAGAAGCUGACCCACCAGAACUCCUGCCAGAUGGGUUACUACUCGCAUCUGCCGCGGCCCACCACAGAUGUGGGCACCUCCACCACCAGCCAGCAGGUGCACGGGGCAGGAGAUGUCCAAACCACGUCGGAGGCCACCAGGUUGUAAAGUGGCAGGGAAGAGAUACAACUAGGAACCGUCUCAAGAAGAAUAAGAGUGCACUAUGAGUUGUAGUUUAAUCGAAUAGCCCUCGGCUUUAACAAGUAUUCAUUAAAUGAGUUUAAAAUUUAAGCAAUGUUUUUAAUAAAUGCUGAAUUAAAUGAGUAUGGAUGAGUUAAAAAAUAGGCAAAUGGUUGAUAUAAGAAUUGAGUUGGAAAAUGUAGGAUUCACGGAAAAAAUAUAAAAAUUCGAACACAUAUAAAUAUUUU